AUGUCAAUUGGGGAGGUUUUAAAUGUAUACAAUGGUGAUAAUUCACCAAAGUUGAAAAUCACCUGUAUUAAAAAGUUUAUCAAUGUUUUAGAUUUAAUUGAUCAUAUCAAGAAUAUCCAAGAUAUUUAUUAUCUUGAAUUUCAAAUUAGUGAAACAAUUACGUUGAAUUUGAAGAUUGAAAGCAGUUGUAAAAAUACACCGAUAUUAAUUGUUGAAUUUGAUGAAAUUAAUAAUAUUUAUUAUCUUUGGAAAUCUAGUGGUAAUUGGGAUAUGAGCACCGUCAUUUCGUCGUUCUAUACAAAUCAUAUAGUCAAUGAUAGAAAAAAUUCAAAUGAUACAUUAUUAUAUUUUGUCAAUUCAAAAGAGUAUCAAUCUCAUUUUAAUAAGAAAAAUUUAUUGAAAUUUAUUGAAAAGAUUGAUUUUAAUUGGGAUGAAGAAAUCGUGAUUAAGUUUUGGGAAACUUUCAAUUACUUUUUAAAUAAAGAAGGCAUUACGACAAAAGUCGGCAGCAACGAAAAUGAAUCAGUUUAUAACAGUUUGAUUAUACUUUCGAUAUUAAAGAUAAAGUUACUACAAAAUCAAUUACUAAUGAAGCAUAAAAUUAUAAAAUAUUCACAAAAAAUGACCAAUUUGAAUUCAAAUUCAAAUUCAAAGUCAAAGCCAAAUACAAAGUCAAAUACAAAAACAAAAACAAAAAAAAUGCCAGAUUCAAACUCAAGUUCUGGUAUUGACCCAAGUACAAGUUUGAACGAAAAAUGUAUAAGUAAAACAAAAACUAUUAAAAAUAAUAACUUGGUUGAGAAUAUUUAUCAAAAUCUAUCAAAAUUAGAUAAUGAAUUCCGUCAUAAAAAAAUUGAUAACAUCUAA